CGAUCCGCAUCCGUCGGCGACCAAAGAAUUCCGGAUCAAAACUCGCUCGAACAGUACAUACAACCUGCAUGAAGCUAUAGCAUCAAAGCUCUUGGGGCUUUGUUUUGCACGAAGACGGACUUUGCCAUACUGGUCGACCUUUUGGGAGAGCCAAGCACACAAAUUGGAGUAGGAUACGUUGGUAUCAAGAACACACAAAUUACAACGAUGGGCGAGUCAAAAGGGGCUGAGGAACGUGGAUCCUCUUUCCCUCCAGGGACGAUAGCGAAACUAACCUGUGAAAUCCUCAAUGACACAUUCUACAACAUCAUCCAUGACAUAGUCGCCAAAGUACAUCGCGAUGAGAAGGUUUCCCGCAUGCGUUCCGCGGUCGUUGCUGCCCGACAGAAGGCAGAUGAGGAGGCGACCAGGCGUCGCGAAGAAAGCGGGAAACCGGCCAGCGCGUUCAAGCCAGGCGAUCUCGAUUUCGAGGAACUCAAGGACAUUCGUGUGGAAACCGACGGGGCCAUUUUCGACGAGGGCAAGGUCUACUUGAAGGGCAACCCUCUACAAACCACCAAGGAUAUCAUUUGUCCUGAUUGCCGGCUGCCGCGCCUCUUGUACCCUGUGACAGGCGUCGGGGCUCGUGCCCCUCCCGACCCGUACCGCGAGUACUGCCAGAAGCAGCCGACGAUCAGCAAACCUGGCCACGACGUCAACGGGAACCCAUUCGUGACGGACAAGGUAAAACCUCAGAAGAAGAAGCAAGUCACCACCUCGAAUACCCCCGGGUCGAGCCCACCCACGACCCCCGACGGCUCCUUCAAGCAGGCUGCGCCGGAAAGGAUAUCGUUCCCAACGGUGAAGUGUCCGAACUGCCCAAGAUACUUUGUCGUGACCCGCGUGGCGCAGCAUCUGGACCGCUGCUUGGGCAUCUCCGGCCGACCACUGGGUGGCCGCAACAAGACCCCCUUGGAGAACACCAACACCGGCAACAGCACGCCCACCUCCGCUCCGCCCAAACGGCCCCUGAUCGACGACGAUGGCCCGCCGACCAUGAACAAGAAGAAGAAACUCGGUCCUCCGAAGAAGCUGGCGGGGAAGAAGCCCACCCCUCCGAGCAGCAAGCUCAAGAACGGAUUAACACCGGACAUGGCCGCUGCAGAUGAUGCAUUCGGUGAGCCCGAUAUCAAAAGCGAAGCCAACGGGGACAAUUCUUGACAGGGACGCGGGGGUUCACCUUUCUUUUGUUCUCUGUUCUAUAAUCCCGAUCUCUGUUGUUCAUUUGACCCCCCUUCCCCACCACUUUCACCUCAAAUACCUCCUUUCUACCUUUUACUUUUGCCCCCAAACCCCCUUCAUCCUUGGCAAGACUCCUUCCUUUCUGCAUCGCGAAAAGAAAACCCGAGA